UCCAAUUCCAUCUUCCUCGACUUAUUAUGCAUAUAUAAAUACUUGAUCCAUUUCACGCGGUUCCAAAACCGACCCUACUUUUCUUUUUCCCUUCCUCUUUCUCAGUUACGUACCUUUCCUCUCUGUUGAAGCUUUAAGACACCAAUUCAGCUUUCUAACACUCUUCCUCAAUCAAAAUGGCAAAUGUGGUGGAGUUGAAAGUUGGUUUGCACUGUGACGAGUGCAUCAAGAAGAUUCUCAAGGCCAUCAAGAAAAUUGAAGGGAACGUUACAAGAGAAGAAGUGAUCAGAGUUCUUCACAAGAUUGGGAAGAAUGCUGCUGUUUGGGAAGAUGAUACUCAAACCAACAAGUGAAGUUGAGUCUACCAAACUAGUUUAGUUUUUUCCUUUUCUGCACAAAAUAUAUUAAUAGUAGUAGUACUUCUGCUAUAACUUAUUGCGCUAUAUGUAGCUAUAUUAUAUAUGUCGGAUGUGAGAUUAUAUAACGUAUAUACGAAUAUAAUGUUAUAUCUACUUCAGUUUUGUAUUUUGUUGAACUUUCUUUGCUUAUAUUACCAGUGUACUUUUACGAUUUUUUUUUUCACUGGUAGAUUUUUUUUCACCGAUUUAUAUGUAGGACUUGAGUUUAUUCUCUAUCAAUUGUGCCAGCUAUUAAAGAGGACUUUUAGAGUUGGGCUAGGUUUGAAAUGAGAAAGGAAGUACGUAAGAGAUGGAUAAUUAGUUUUCAAGCAGUAAUUUGAAAUGUUUACUUGAGCAGUUGAGUAGGGAUCAGAGUAUUUUUUGAGUUUUUAUUAACAAGAAUAGAGAAAGUGGUACUUAGAUCUUUUGUGAGUUGUGAAGAGUGAUAAAUAUCUGGUUGCUUUAGUUGUUGAUGGUGAUAUUAAAAAUAAAAUAAUAAUUCAUGUGAUGAAAUUAAUGUGAGUUUGUAUUAGGAGUACUUAAAACACAUUAAGAUUGACUAUUAAAAAUGAUAUUCGGCAAAACAACAUGUCAACAACAACAAUAGUUUAAAUAUUAAAAAAAUACUAGAAGCUCAUUAAAAUUUAUUAUUUUUUAUUAUUAAUUGAUCAUUAAUAUUUAAAAAUAUAAAAUAAGAUAUAUUAUUAAACUAUUAGAUUAAAAAAAUUAAAUUAAAAAAAUGAGUUAAUAAUUAAACAAUAACUAAAAUCAAUAAAAUUUUGAUAACUCUUAAUAUUUCUACAAAUAUUAAAAGAAGAAGAAAAAAAGAAAACAAAGGAAAAAGUUAUCAGCACCAUGAACAUAGAAACAGAUCCUAGCAAAGCUAAAUUCACAUCCUUAUCUUGAAACUGCCUCGGAUUAUGGAUCCUCAUCCAUACUGCAAUUGAGGUUAUAGUUACACGUCAUUAUGCAUCACUUUCGUCGUCAACACUCAACACUAGUCAAGUAAGUAAGCAUAUCAUGUUUUAUUGUUUUUGCUCUGUAUAACCAAUAAUAAGUAUUAGAUUUGAUUUUAAUAAAACGUUGACAUUAUUGACUACGAUGGAUUUCCAUGCUCAUAUAUUUUCUCCACUUCGCAUAAUUUUGUGGAUUUGCUAAAAGGACUCGUGUCAAAUAUAUUAUGCAAAUAUAAAUAGGUUGAGUGAAUGGAUGCUAUAACCACCUCACUUGAAGGCAAACCGUUAAAAUUUGUUAACCCCAAAAUACAAGGCUAGCCUCUAAGUCCCACCUCUACAUUUCAAACACUUCACAAGACAAAAAAAAAAUUAUACUUUCAACAAGAAAAAACUUUGUUUUUCUAAUCUUUUCUUUUAGGUUCUUCCCACAUUCACCAAUUGCUCUUUGGAUUAUUACAUAUAUGCAUGGAGGUGAAUAGGACAAUAAUGGUGUGUCAAAAUCCACACAGCUAUGGUCACAAGGAUGUUUGGCACUUAGGCAACCCUCUAGAUUCUCCAACUUCUCUUCUAUUUGUUCAGGUUUCUUUAAUCACCAUGCUAUCACAAGUGAUUGAGGUUUGUCUCAAGCCUUUAGGACAAUCCUCCCUUGUUUCACAGAUUCUUGGUGGAGUGAUAUUUGGGCCAUCAGUAUUGGGACAAAAGAAGUCACUAGCAAAUGCUUUGUUCCCAAUGAAAGGUGCCAUGGUGCUUGAAACACUUGCAUCUUUUGGCCUAAUGUUCUUCUUCUUCAUAGUAACGGUGAAGAUGGACAUUGCAACAAUGUUAAGGACAGAGAAACAAGCCAUAGCCAUUGGUCUCUCCACAUUCUUCAUCACAUUGGUAAUCCCAGGUGGAUUAUCAUUUCUAUUAAAGAACUAUAUUUCUAUGGACAAAAGCCUCUCAGAAGCUCUACCAGUGAUAGCCAUGUCACAAGCCAUGACCGUCUUCAUAGUGGUCUCCGUCCUCUUGACAGAGCUCAAGAUCCUUAACACGGACAUAGGCCGGCUAGCUAUGUCCUCGGCUAUGUCGGCCGACAUUGUUGGCUUCUCAUUGACAGUUCUAAUGUUUGCAAUAAUGCAGAACAAGGGUGGCACCAUUGUGUCCUUUCUUUGGAUAAUUCUGUCCAUAGCUGCAUUGGUAGUUCUCAUCAUUUAUGUCAUGAGGCCGGCUGUCAUCUGGAUGCUAAGGCGAUCAGAAGGGAAGCCGGUCGACGAAUUGUACGUUGUUUGUAUCUUUAUCUUUGUUCUGAUCGCCGGAUUCCUCAGCGAACUUAUCGGCCAGCAUUUCGUCAUGGGGCCUAUACUCUUCGGCUUGGCAAUCCCCGAAGGGCCGCCCAUGGGAACCACUUUGAUAACUAAAAUGGAGACUAUAUGUCUUGGAUUCUUUUAUCCAAUCUACCUUGCUGUUAGUGGAUUGAAAACUAAUGUGUUCAAGAUCAGCUUCCAGUCCUUUUGGAUUGUUGGUGUUGUAGUUUUAGUGGCUUCCAUUGCAAAGAUCGUUGCUGUUAUGUUGCCAGGGUAUUAUAGUAGUAAUAUGAGCAUGAAAGAGUGUUGUAUGAUUGGGCUUAUUCUGAAUGCAAGAGGCAUAGCAGAACUUACCCUUUACAAUAUGUGGAAGGGUAGCAAGUUAUUAACGGAGCAAGAGUUCUCUUUGAUGGUGGUAUUCAUUUUGAUUGUAAAUGCUAUCAUAUCACCGCUUCUAAAGAUGUUAUAUAAUCCUUCAGAACAAUACCAUGCCUUAGGAAGAUGCACAAUUCAGCACACAAGGCGAGAUUCGGAGCUUCGAGUCAUGAUCUGCAUUCACAACAACGAAAACAUCCCUACACUGAUGAACAUUCUAGAAGCAUCCUAUGCAAGCGGAGAGAGCAUGGUUGGAGUCAUAGCAUUAAUCCUAAUAGAACUUCUUGGAAGAUCAAGGCCUCUUCUUGUUGCUCACCAAGAACACGAAACAUUGAGGUCAGAACCGUGCAGCUCAACUCAAAUAGACAAUGCAUUGAAGCAAUAUGCACAACAGAACGAAGGUUAUGCAACAGUUGAGUCCUUCUCAUCGAUCUCCAACUUGGACACAAUGCACGAUGAUGUCUGUAGAAUAGCACUUGACAAAAGAGCCCACAUUCUAAUCGUGCCAUUUCACAAGCGUUAUGAGAUAGAUGGAACAGUUGAAGUGAUUAACAGAGCAAUGCAGAUUAUGAACAACCGAGUCCUCGAAAAAGCGCCAUGCUCAGUUGGAAUCCUCAUUGACAGGGGAAUCUUGUGCGGAUCCUCAUCACUCUUAGUCUCUAGGACAACAUACCACGUCGCCGUGUUCUUCAUCGGCGGCGCGGACGACGCGGAGGCGCUUGCUUACAGCUCAAGAAUGGCCCGGCACGAGAUAGUCCACGUGACGUUAGUCCGAUUCCUGCUCUUCGGAGAGGAGAAUUCGAAGGAGAGGAAGCGUGACAGCGACCUUGUGGAUGAGUACAGAUACUAUAAUGCAGGGAACCGCCACUUUGAAGUGAUGGAUGAAGUGGUUAAAGAUGGGAUAGAGAUGAGUUCUUGUAUAAGAAGGAUAAUUGACUAUUUUGACCUUGUGAUGGUUGGAAGAGAACACCCUGAAUCUGUUCUGCUUCAAGGGCAUGAUCAAUGGAGUGAGUGUCCUGAGUUAGGGACAAUUGGGGACAUGUUAGCUUCACAGGAUUUUGUGACAAAGGCUUCGUUGCUUGUGGUGCAACAACAGAGGGUAAGAGGGAGGGUUAUUAAGAACACUAAUGUGAAUCCUAUGCCACCUCAAAAGGAUCAAAUGAUGAUGGUACCUGAUGUUGUUCUUCCUCAUGAUGAGGUCAAUAGAGCUUCUUGUUCUAUUUCAGUAGUGGACAGAUGAGAAAACAAACAAAUUUUGUAAAUUAUAUUGCUUUGUAUAUUAUAGUGUAAAGAAAUUUGAGUCUUCCCACCUUUUUUUUUCUCUCGUUUUCUCCGUCUUCCUUUGUUGAG